AUGAACGCCGUACGACAGAAAUGUCGACCCAAGCAUCAGGUACUGGUGCUCAAAUGCUAUCCCAGGUUCCAGAAGAAUGUGCAAGAAGUCAAGCCGAACUCCAGCGAACUCAGCUAUCUGCUCUAUUAUGCAAGUACGCGACGGAGCAAGCUCCAAAAGGUUGGCUCAUUUCUGGAAAAGAGGACGGCUAGUGAUGUGUGGAAGCAGAGACUUGGGAAUGUUCAGGUCACUCUGCAAAUCCUCUCAGCUCUUAUGGAGAAGGCGCCACGAGAUCUCCCGCUCUACUCCGACUCUGUCUUGACUAUCCUAGAAACUGUUCUCAAGUCGAAAGAUAUCAACAUGGUCGAAGAGUCAUUGGCCACCUUUGAGACCUACUGCAAAUACCAAGAUGUAUCCUCCCUCGCAUCCGAUCAAUACAGAUCGCAGCAAUAUCAGAACAUCGUCAACAUGUAUGCCGAAUUCGCAAGCAACAAUUUUCCUUCAUCGUUGAAGCAAAAGCCAAGCAAACCGACAGCGAUGAGGUGGAAGACCGCAGGCUUGAAAGCCAUCAGAAGCGUUGUCGGAGCAGAAGCUCUGGGAACAGAUGGUACAACACAGUUGAGCAUAGUAAUGCCAGCGAUUUUGGACAAUCUAUAUACCGGAAACGAUGAUAUACUUGCUUCAUUGCAGGAAAAGGCUCAGACGGGAGAGAAAGCCGACGUAGAGAACGCUCGGAAACGUCGCAUGAGCUUUGCUACGGUGACUACUGUGGACACUGUUGAGGGUAAUCCAGCUUCAGCUUCCGAGACCACGGCGGAUGCAGACAAGGCAGCAGAGGACGAAGUUCGGGUACUUGCAGUACGAUGCCUAAAACAGAUAUUUGCUGCGGGAACUGGUAGCAAUCGAGGUCAAGUGCGCCUUGCGACGAACCUCACUCUACAAUUUAUUACUGCUAGGGAUCCACCUGCUCCAGCCUUACCAGGCUCAACCCCAGCAUCUGGGAAGCGAGGAAACUGGGCGACGUCGCUGGUUGAGACUAUUGCAAGAUGGACGCCAGUCCAAGAUCGAUUCAUCAUUGUCAUCACAGCAGUCGAUGCAUUGGUAAAGAGUCCUAUAGAAGAGUCCAAGCUCAAGCAGCAACUUACCUUGGCAACAGCGAUUGAUUGGCUAUUGAGCAGUUCCAUUAAUUUGAUUGGUUUGAGCGUGAUGGACGUGUUAUUGGGUUUUGUACAGCAUGUGCUACUGUUACUACAGCUUGGUGGACGAGAUUCCAGAAUCACGCCUCAUAAUCAGCAACCGGAGGCGCUAAACACCCAUACAAACAUCAAUCCCAAGAAAGUAGAAGAGCGAGGGCACACCACGAAUGUCAUUACGCCAUCCCCUGUCCGCCAGGAACUGCUAGUACGGCUGCAAAGAUGUAUCGGGGAUUUGGCUACACACAUAUACUACACAGACCAGAUUGCAGAUAUGAUGGCAGCAAUCCUGGCUCGGCUCAAACCCUCGCUUAAUCCGGACCGUUCAUCUAUUGCCGCUGCGAUCGAGAACCCGGUGGGAGCCGCGAAUGCGAUUGCAAAUUCCGCUGACCUACAGGAAGACCCGCUGACGGACGGCUUUUUCUCUUUCGCUACAGCACGUUUGAAUGCGUUGCGGGCUGUCAAGAAUAUUUUGCAGGUGGCGAAUAUGAGGAAAUCGGUAACGGGAGCCGCGGCACAAGCAAGGAGCCGCGUGGGCGUUCAGGUCUGGGAGGGCACACAGUGGCUGCUGCGCGAUGAAGAUCGAGGGGUCAGAGCCGCCUACGUCGAUGCUCUUCUGACGUGGCUCAAAAACGAAACGAACAGAAGUGACCUGCUUCUUCCCCAAGAAGGCCCACGAAAACCCAAAUCGACUGCUAAGAAGGGCCGUGAUGAGAAUGGCGAACCCAAACUUACUAGAAGAGCAGUCUCAAGUGCUUCGCGAAAAGAGAACAAAACUGCCAAAUCAAACUUCCUUCGCUUACUUCACCUGGCAAUAUAUGACAACGCCAUCGAAUCCCCUCAGUUUGACUCGGACAUACUACUGCUACACUUGUUGCUCACGAAUCUUACCGAAAAUUUAGGCGUAAAUGCUGUACGGCACGGCCUGCCAAUGAUGGUUCGACUACAGGAUGAUCUUGUAUCGGGCGACAAAUUUGAAGAUGCCAGAUCCAGGAUCAACGCUGGAAGCCUUGUUCACGGCUAUUUCUGGGCAUUAAGCGAGAAGUUCGAUUUCGAAACGAGUCGCGUGGGCCAGGAACUCCACACCGAGAUCUCUCGCCGAAAGAAGAAUGGGUUCUGGCUCGACAAGGUCCGCCUUCCCCCACUGCCGUUGGAUCAGAUCAUCACCUCAACUGCUGCUCUUACAGAGAAGAAAACCCUGGUUUCUGAAAUGAGUAGCACGUCACUAAAGCCGUACAGCUCCCGCGUAAACAUGGUUGAGGAAAUUUGCACGUCCUACAACGAAUCUUUGAGAGCUCCCACCACCUCUCCACCAUCAUCUCCCAGCCGUGUCUUUUCAGUCCCGGCACUCAGUUUUGGAUAUGGGUAUGGCUUGAACCCCGGCCCAAAGCCAUCACCAGAGGACCAGCUACCUCCAAAGGUCAAGGAAGAGCUGCUGGCCGAAUGGUCCAAAGAGUCGGUCAUCGCAGCGGUAGAGAAAGAACAUGCCGACAGUCUCAGUGGGAGCAAAACUGGGACUGGGACUGGGUCCGCAACCGCUGGUAGGAACUUUCUGACCGUGGAUGCAGUGAAUGGUCUAGGACGUGGUGCGGCGUCGCCUGGCGGCAAUGACUCGCCUACUCGUGUUGUGAGUGACAGUGGUGGGCCGAGAAUGUCCGCACUCUCUUACGCUUUGAAUGGUGGCUUAGGCCAUCUCCAGAGAUUGCGAGGACCUGGCACAGAUGAGGGUUCACCCACACCGUUGACAGCAAGCUCGAGCCGGGACUCUACUGUGAGGGUGACAGAGUUGAAAAGGGCAUUAUCGGGGUACCAGAACAACAUGAGGCAUUCCAGCCCGUUGGGGAGACGAGUGGCAGGCAUCAGAGACUCCAGUAUGGAGAGCGUUGAGAGCCACGGUAGUAGUAGUGAGAGUGAGAGUAUGGUGAACUACAGCGAGGCGGAGGGAGCAGGAGUCCACACCUCUGCCUUGGACGUCAAUGCAGUGGGUCAUACGGACUUUGCUACAGCAGCAUCACCGCCAUCAAGAGAUGAGCAGCGGCAGAGUUCUGGCGCAGACAAGGCAAGGCCUGGAUCCUCUCAGGCACCGUCAUCACUUCCUCAAGCCCAACACCACCCGAGACUCGAGAACGACAUGCACGCAGCCACCACUCUCCCACGCCUAAAAUCAGACCCUAGACUAGGCGAAGAUGUACCUCCCGUGCCCGAAAUUCCCAGCACCCUCUCCCUCCACCUGCCCGGUACUUUCCCGCGGGACAUUUCGCCAAUACGCCGACCCUCCUUGAGAACCUCCAAAAGCGUGGAGAGACAGUCUCCUCAGCCACGACCGAUACAGCCACAGCCGCAAGGUCAGAACGUACUGCUUCGACCCUCUACCGCUCCCAGCCCCGGUUCCGUUGUCAGGCCGGCAGGCAAUGGUGCCGGUACAGGAUCUCUGCGACCUCAACCCCAGUCUCAACCCCAUCAGACUCAGACUCAGACCCAGAUACAAGCGGCAUCGGCCCCUUCUCAAUCUCCCGCCACCUCCACCAGGCUAUAUUCUACAUCACUUUCAGCGCGAGAAGGGCGGACUUGGCGCAGAGAGGAAUCCAGACCGACGAGCAGUAGGCAUUCGGGCGUGGGGUUUGGUCCAGUUGGUAGUGGGAAGUCGCCGGGUUCGGGGUCAUUGAAGACGAAGAGGCUGGAUCUCGGGAGGCUUUUGGCUGGGGUGAGGGUAGAUGAUGAUGAUGAGGAUGACCAUUAUAAUGAUGAUAAUGAUGAUGAAGAUGGGCAGGGCGGUGCAGGACCUGUGAGUAGUGACCAUAGGUUCAGCGGUAAGGGCAGAGCUGGGAAAGGUGGAAAUGCGAAUGAGAAUGCGAAUGGGCAAGGAGGAGGAGGAGGAGGAGGAGGAGGAGGAGGAAGAGUACAUAUUCAGCCGCCUUAUUAG